AUGGGCACCAGGGAAGGAGCAGCAGUCGCAGAGGACACGCACCCGCUGCGCUGGGCAGGAACCAAAACGCUCUCGAGUCACAGCUGCAGGCCUGUGGCCAUAAAGAAAAUUAAUCUCCACCAACUGAGGAAGAGGGAACUAAAAGUUGAUGAACUUAGGGUCAUCAAGAAGAAUAGGAAUCCCAACCUGGUCAAAUAUUUAGACUGCUACCUUGUGGAUAAGCAAUUCUGGCUGGUGAUGGAGUACAUGGAUGGAGGCACUCUGAGCAAUGUCAUCAGCUGGACCUUCCUGUCUGAAGAUGAGAUGGCAGCUGUCAGUCAGCAGUGCCUGCAAGGCCUGGAUUUUCUUCUCAAAAUGUGUGUGAUCCAUCAAAAUGUGAAGAGCCGCAACAUCCUUCUCAGAAGCGAUGGCUCUGUCUUCUCCAGGACAUUCAUCAACAGCACAUUCUCAGACUAUUUUGGCCUCUUAGCUCAGCUCAGCCCUGAGCAGAGAAGACAGGACUCCGUGACCAGCACUUCUGGGUGGAUGGCACCUGAAGUCCUGACAGGUCAACAAUAUGGCCCUAAACUGGAUAUAUGGUCUUUUGGAAUUGUGGGCAUUGAAAUGGUGGAAGGAGAAGUUCCCUACUGGAAUGAAACUGCUGUGUGGACAGAUGAGGCUCGGCGCUGGACUGCCAAGGAGCUCCUGCAGGUAAAAUUAUCUGUUGGUGGCAUCAGUCGAGCCUACUUUCUGCCUGGUGCCACUGCUUGUGAAGAAGAGGAUGGUGGAGGGGAGACAGAUAAUCAUCUGUGGACCAUUUCCUCCACCAACCAGUCUACGAUUUUAGAAUAG